AUGACUACGCAAUUAUAUAAAUCGGCCACCAAGGGUGACAUAUCAUUCCACAAAUCAUUCUCCAUGAUAGAUUGCGCAAAAGUGAAAAUUCUCGAAGCUCCCUCUUCCCCAUCAUCGACUUCAUUGUCAUCAACUUCAUCUGAGCCUGGUCAAGUCGGAAAUCCUAUCGUACCACUAUUGACAGAUGAAGAAUUAUGGGAGACAUGGUUUUCAUAUCCUUCCAAACCUCAUAUGACUUUACAUCGUUGGGCUGAAGGCAAUAAAGCUCAACUUGACAUGUUUAUUCACAAUCUUCAUUCCUCCCCAACAUCUUCAUCCCUGUUUCCACUGUUCCUCUCAAAGUGCCAGACAACUCUCGCUUCAUUGAAGAUACUCGUGAUUGGAUCUAUACUUUUGAUUCGAGGGGUAAAUCACGGUCCUCAGAUGGGAAGAACGAUAUUUGGUAGGAUUUUAGGUGAAAGAUAUAACGAUUUGAUGACAUUCCAUGGUUCAUCCCAAAGGCAUUCAAAGCCACUGAUUAUCAAGGAGGAGGUCAUAAGGAAAGCUGCACAGGAAGCUAGGGUAUUACAGAUCAGGGGAAAUGAGCUAUUCGCUCAAGGGAAAUUUGAAGCUUCACUGGAACAUUACGGUUUUGCUAUUAUCCGUUUGAUACCGUGGGAUACCGCAAGUCUGUCACCUGAAAUGUCUCACAUAACAGGAUUUGAUGAAUUAGAUCAGACAUUACUUCUGUCAAUAGCUUUGACGUCGGUUCGACUCGCACAAUCUCUACCAGUGGAAUACCGAACACAUUCAUCGAUAGCAGGAUCAAGGUUAUAUAGAUUGACCAAAGCAUCUUGUGAUUACAUAUACUGCUCUCCUGUAGGUUCCUCGAAUGACAAGGUAGAACAGAGGGUCGAAACUAUGCUUGCAUCGAGAUUGGAAAGAUUAGCUCGCGAUAUUGCGGAAAUGCCUUCAGAUGGAUCGGAUAGGGAAGAAAUGCCUGUCAGGAACGUUAGGAAAUGGUUUGAUAACUAA